CUUUAUCCAGCUAGCUUAGCCACAGGAUGCUAACGCUACAGCUAACAGCUGCUGACGUAAAUAAACGUGUGUCUGUGGUCUUUACCGUGACAGCGCUCCUCUGUGGAUCCACCCACAGCUAUAAUGAUGUUAGCUAAACCUCAGUCUCCACGAAGACACGAGAAACAAAGCAGACACGCGCGAGCAGCGGAGAGUUUAACCCUCUGAGAGCCGCAGACUGGAGACACAUUAGUGUCUGAGGGGAGGGGACACGGGGUCUUUAUGGACACACAGCAGGUCCACAGUGUGUGUCACAUAGAGGUAGUUACAUCACCUGAAAGCUGGACACCUGAGGAUUAAUUUAAGAUGCAGCUCAGUGCUGUGGGUCAUUGUUUCCCGUCAUGCAUCUGUAAUAAACACUGUGUUUUGGUGUCAGUGUGUCUCCAGGUUGUGUCUGUAAAGUUUCACACUCAUUUCAUUCAGGUAUCUUGAGGCCCUCACCAGGAAGCCAGCACAACAUGGCUGGGGUGGAUGGAUUCCUGAGGUCCUCUAGUUUCAUGUGAUCCCAGUAUCUUCUCUGUAGCUUUAAACCUCAGCCACCUACAGCCUCUGAAAGUCAGGGGUGGGACCGGGCAGGUGUUCAGCAGUGUGACCAUGUGCUCCUGUCUGCCAGGUGUCAGCAGCGCCACGCCCACCGAGGAGAUGAACGGCGCUGGAAACUUGAUGGAUUUCCUGGACGAGCCUUUUCCUGACGUGGGCACGUACGAAGACUUCCACACCAUCGACUGGCUGAGGGAGAAGUCCAGAGACACGGACCGCCACCGCAAGAUCACCAGUAAGAGUAAAGAGUCCAUCUGGGAGCUGAUCAAGAGUCUGCUGGACGCCUGGUCAGGAUGGGUGGUGAUGCUGCUCAUCGGGCUGCUCUCAGGAACGCUGGCCGGCGUGAUCGACCUGGCAGUGGACUGGAUGACAGACCUGAAGGAGGGCGUGUGUCUGUCGGCGUUCUGGUACAGACAAGAGCAGUGCUGCUGGACGUCCAACGAGACCACCUUCGACGACCGAGACAAGUGUCCUCAGUGGCAGAAGUGGGCGGAGCUUAUGACUGGCCACGCCGAGGGGGCGGGGGCGUACGUGUUGAACUACUUCCUGUACAUCCUGUGGGCGCUGCUGUUUUCCUUCCUGGCCGUGUCACUGGUUCGAGUCUUCGCUCCAUACGCCUGCGGCUCAGGGAUCCCAGAGAUCAAGACGAUCCUGAGCGGCUUCAUCAUCCGGGGCUACCUGGGGAAAUGGACGCUGCUGAUCAAGACAGUCACCCUGGUGCUGGCGGUGUCGUCGGGUCUCAGCCUGGGGAAGGAGGGUCCUCUGGUCCACGUGGCGUGUUGCUGCGGAAACCUGUUCUGCAGCCUCUUCUCAAAGUACAGCAAGAACGAGGGCAAACGCAGAGAGGUGUUAUCAGCUGCAGCAGCAGCCGGCGUGUCGGUGGCCUUUGGAGCACCUAUUGGAGGAGUUCUGUUCAGCCUGGAAGAGGUCAGUUACUACUUCCCUCUGAAGACUCUGUGGCGCUCCUUCUUCGCCGCCCUGGUCGCGGCCUUCACGCUGCGCUCCAUCAACCCGUUUGGCAACAGCCGCCUGGUACUGUUCUAUGUGGAGUACCACACGCCGUGGUACAUGGCCGAGCUGGUGCCGUUCAUCCUGCUGGGCGUGUUCGGCGGCCUCUGGGGGACGCUCUUCAUCCGGGCCAACAUCGCCUGGUGCCGGCGCAGGAAGACCACCCAGCUGGGGAAGUACCCGGUGCUGGAGGUCAUCGCCGUGACGGGGAUCACCGCCGUGCUGGCGUACCCUAACCCGUAUACCCGCCGCAGCACCAGUGAGCUCAUCUCGGAGCUCUUCAACGACUGCGGCGCGCUGGAGUCGUCGCAGCUCUGCGAUUACAUCAACAACCCCAACAUGAGUCGGCCGGUGGACGACAUCCCAGACCGACCGGCGGGGCCUGGGGUCUACAACGCCCUGUGGCAGCUCGCCCUCGCUCUCGUCUUCAAGAUCGUCAUCACCAUCUUCACCUUCGGCAUGAAGAUCCCGUCAGGUCUCUUCAUCCCCAGCAUGGCGGUGGGAGCCAUCGCAGGACGCAUCGUGGGGAUCGCCGUGGAGCAGAUGGCGUACCACCACCACGACUGGAUCAUCUUCAAGAACUGGUGCCGGCCCGGCGCCGACUGUGUCACACCUGGACUGUACGCCAUGGUGGGCGCCGCCGCCUGUAUGGGCGGCGUGACCAGGAUGACCGUGUCCCUGGUGGUCAUCAUGUUCGAGCUCACGGGCGGGUUGGAGUACAUCGUCCCCCUGAUGGCUGCCGCCGUCACCAGCAAGUGGGUGGCGGACGCCUUCGGGAAGGAGGGCAUCUACGAGUCGCACAUCCAGCUCAACGGGUACCCGUACCUGGACGUCAGGGACGAGUUCACCCACCGCACCCUCGCCACGGAUGUGAUGCGGCCCCGCAGGAACGACCCCCCUCUGGCCGUCCUCACGCAGGACACCACCACGGUGGAGGACGUGGAGACGCUGAUCAAAGACACCGACUAUAACGGGUUCCCUGUGGUCGUGUCCAGAGAGUCGGAGAGGCUCAUCGGCUUCGUUCAGCGCCGUGACCUCACCCUCGCCAUCAAGAACGCCCGUCAGAAGCAGGACGGCGUGGUGAGCAGCUCUGUGGUUUACUUCACUGAGGACGCGCCGCAGCUGCCGGCCAGCAACCCGCAGCCGCUGAAGCUGCGCCGCAUCCUGAACCUCAGCCCCUUCACCGUCACCGACCACACGCCCAUGGAGACGGUGGUGGACAUCUUCCGCAAGCUGGGCCUCCGCCAGUGUCUCGUCACCAGGAGCGGGCGCCUCCUGGGCAUCAUCACUAAGAAGGACGUCCUGCGCCACAUGGCUCAGAUGAUGAACCAGGAUCCAGAGUCCAUCAUGUUCAACUAGCAGACGAGAGACGUGCUUCACUCGUGCGACGGUGUAAAUAGGUGAAAGUGUUGCGACGCUACUGUACUGCAACCUGUGAUUAAUAAGCCCCUCCCACCUCCUGACAGGCAAGUCCUCACCCACCUGUAGUGACCACAGCUCCGCGUGUGCUCAGUGUGACUGCGCCGGAGGAACUGACUUCAGCUAAAAUGUUCAUGGCUUCAACAUUUCAGACCCUCAGACCUUUUAUUGUUCGCAGACUGAAAACAGAAAACAGAAAAAGUCUUUAAUGCUUCUUUAUGGAGGACGAAAAAUUACUCGAGUAUCAAUGAAUAAAUAAAUGUAGGAAUAAAACCAGAAAUAAUUAAAGAAAUAUGGGAAUAAAUAAAUAAAAUAAGAAAAAAUAAAUAAAUGCUGAAAUAAUUACAGAAAUAAAUGAAUGCAUG